AUGACACUGAACAAUUUUACUGAUGGUGAAAACCAAAAAAAAAUCGUAGUACUAUCCUGCUCUGCGGAAUUUACUGCAGAGGUACAAGGCGAACUGAUCUUUCUCUCAAUUGUUAAUAUCUUUCUGUCGAUUACAGCGGUUCUGGGAAACACUCUGAUCCUAGUUGCUUUACACAAAGAAACUUUACUUCACCCGCCGUUCAAACUCCUGUAUCGUAACCUAGCCGUAACUGAUUUCUGUGUUGGUACCAUUGCGGAGCCUCUCCAUGUUGUCUAUUGGAUUUCUGUGGUGACGGGAAAAUGGGACAUUUGUUAUCUGGCUCAUUUGAAGGUUACUUUGGCAGCUUAUACCUUUUGUGGAGUGUCUUUAUUAACACUGACUGCAAUAAGUGUGGACAGACUUCUUGCCUUGCUACUGGGGCUCAGAUACAGACAAGUUGUAACUGUGAAAAAGACAUACAUAGCUAUACUUGCCUUCUGGAUUGUUUCUGUUGUUGGCGUACCGGCUUCUACAGCUAUAUGA